CUCUGUUUCUCUCUUUCUGUUAGUGUUUGUAUUGAAAGAGUGGCUCACAUAGUGUUAUGAGUUAUUAGUAAUGUUGUUGUUGUGAUGUUAGUGUCACUCAACGAUCAAUGGAUUUCCAGUCAAUGAUGGAGACAUUUGCCGAGGCGUGGGUCGCGGCCAAUGUCCAGACGCCACUAACCGAAGCAGUCGAAAAUGUCGGCCGAAACAAUGCGGCCACAAUCAAGUCGUCGACCAAUUUGCCCGUUCACUGUCUGGUCGAAAGAGUAUCGUCGCCGGCAAACAAUGCCUCGACCACUACCACCACCAAUACGACUCUGACGGGAACAUCGGCCAGUUCGGCAUCGAUGGGUACAUUUGAUGUACUAACUGGACAUACAUCUGGCACUACCUCAUCGUCAAGUGUUGACUCUACGGCUUCAAGUUUGGCCAAUAGUUUGCCGGUUGUUGUCGAACAGGACACUUAUGCCAUAAUACCGUCGGCAGUGCCCUUUCACGAUCUGGUGCGGACAGCACUACUCAAACUCGGCUAUACAUCGGCUGAAAUAGUCGGCGCCAAAGGUGUGAUUCAGUUGAAGAACUGGAAGCCUUUAACCUUUGAUCAGAUCAGUGAUAAUAGUGAGGCAACUGUUGCUGACAUAUUGGGUGAUAUCUCAUCGGUGGCUACUCUUCGCAUCCGACUUUACAGGCCACGUAUGAACGCGGCUCAUGAGUUAAAGGACAAACUGCUUCAGCUAUUAUUGGCCCACUCUUACAGCCUACUGGCCAACUCUGGUUGUCCUAUUGAUCAGCAAAUGCUGAAUGGUUUGUGUAGACCAGGAAUGGAACAGGAGAUCAACGAUGAAACGAGAGGUCGUUUCGAUCAAUGGUAUUUGCAACAGGUGUUCAACCAUUACAGACAGGUAGCACUGGCCUCACAACCACAGCCCCAACACCAGCCAAAUACACGGCGACAGACAGUAUCACAUCCAUUACUAAUUGAUAUGAACCAAACAAAUGGUGAACAAUUGCACCAGAAUUUAGCGAUGAAUGGAUCGACACAUUCACCUGAUAAACACCCGGCCCUUAUGACAAUCUCUCCGCCAUCCACUCAAUCGCAUCAUAAUAUGGGAUCAGUCAGAACACGUAUACGAACCUCAUUUGAUCCAGAAUUAGAACUACCAAAACUUCAUCGAUGGUUCCAAGAGAAUAGACACCCAUCAAGAGCUCAGGUCAUGGAAUAUGUCAAAGAACUGAACUCAUUAGAGUCAAGAAAAGGUAGAAAACCAUUGGAUAUCAAUAAUGUUGUCUAUUGGUUCAAAAAUGCCAGAGCAGCUCAUAAAAGAGCCGAAUUGAAGUUUGUCGGCGACUCGACCGGUGUCGACGGACUGGUCAAUGACGGAAGUCCUGGAAAGACUGGCUCCGACAUCAGUGGCAAAUGUAUGGAUGAUUCCAAUAGAAAUGGUUCGGCAAUCGAUGAUUACUAUAGUAUGGAUGAAGACGGGGAUUCAUCACACGAGGCCACACAAACACUUGAUCUAUCAAUGAGAUCAUCUAAACGAAUGCGAUCUGAGAGUCCUACCGAUAAUGACGGCGAUUAUUUGAUUACCGCCAUUAAACACGAAGACGAUAUUCAUAGUAAUGAUAUGAAUAGUUGCAGCAAUAAUACUAUUACUAAUAUUAUUAUUAAUAAUAAUAAUAACGAUAUAAAUUCAGUCAUCAAAGUUGAACAAAUGGAUAGAAAUAAUGAUGGAUCCAGUGAUCUAAGCGAAGCUGAAGACAGUGACGAGGAAAGGGAGUACUUUGAUAAUUCCUAUCAAACAAAUAGUCAAAUAAAUAACAAUUUAACUAAUAAUAUGACAUCACUUCCCGAAUCGCCUGAUGGUCGACGCAUACGACGAAGUCGUACAUUCAUAGACCCAAUGUCUGAGGUGCCUCGUUUGGAGCACUGGUUCUCAAUCAACACCCAUCCCGCUCACAGUCAAAUAGUCCGCUACACUGAAGAACUAAAUAACUUAGCCUAUAGACGAAAGUUUCCAAAACUUGAGCCCAAAAACAUACAGUUCUGGUUUAAGAAUAGAAGAGCCAAAUUCAAGCGCAACCUAUCUAUGCCAACACCAACACAACACCCGACAACACCGCAUCACACCUCACCACAGUCAUCGGCACUAAAUAUUGAGCGUCUCAUUAAUGCACAUUAAAAUUAAUAAUAACACACACACUAACUGACUAUUAUAUUAUAUUAUGAAUUUAUCAUUAAUUAAUUGAUAAAUUAAUAAUUUUUAUAUAAACUAU